AUGGCUAAUCAAGACCGAACACAAGGGCAAUUAGAGCAGAAGCGUUGCGGAUGUCCAAUUUAUCGUGCACACAAACGUUUUCUUUUAAAAACGUUGUGUUUUACACAACAGUACGCGUCGAUGUAUCGCUGCCGCAUGAAGGUGCAGUACGGUGAGGCGAUUGCCGCCAUUCGUGAGGCGGUGAAGGGGGAUCCCGACUUCCACUCGAGCGAUGGCCUGCAGGAUACUUUGAAGACCCCCAAACGCGUGCUCGAGCUCGCCGUCGGCGUCCCAUCGCUCUGUGCGGGGGUGCUCUACAAGCAGAUGAAGCAUCUACCGCGGUUUCUAGACAAGUAUCAGCAAGAGCUCGUUCGCAUUGAUGCCGGGGAUUACGAAAACGACGCCGAGGCUGAGGGAAUGACGGAGCUGCUUGAGGAGAUGGUGGGGGCGGUUGAGGAUGGGGGCCCAACCCGGGUGACCGCAGGGGACCAUCCCAACCCCUGCAGUUCGAUGGACGAGUUGACGUUGGAGGAUAGCAGCGGGCGGGUGGUUUUGCACGGACUCCCUCCCGGAUGUUUUUGCACGGGGAUUAUUUUAGGCAUCUACGGGACUUUGCAGCCCAACGGGACGCUGCAGGUGCACAAAUACGCUUUUGCAUCGGUGCGGAAACUUUACGUGGCGCGGACGCUGAUGCCGGGGGUUCGGCUUCCUCCUUGUUAUAUCGCGUUUGUGUGUUGUCUAAACGUGGAUUUGCCAUCCUUUCAAGGAAAGGAUGGUGAAAAUGGGGAUGUGGAGGAGGCGCUUCGGGCCCAAUUGCUGCUCGAGUUGUUAGUCGACUUUAUUGAGGGUAAUGUGAGCGAUCCCGAGGCUUUAGAUAAGUCGCGCUAUAUUUCUCGCCUAGUCAUUGGCGGAAAUAGCAUUGCCCCAACCGAGGAAUUAAAACUAAGGUCGAAGAUUAUGCUGGAUCAUUCGGACCAGAAGCGACUUAAUGAUAAGACGAAUACGGGACUGAAGACGUCAACCAUGUUGAUGCAGAAACUGGAUGGGAUUUUAGCUCAACUUGCAGGUAGUGUUGAGGUCGAGUUAAUGCCGGGUGAUAACGACCCUUCCAAUACUUUUCAACCACAGCAACCUCUUCAUCCACUGCUUCUGCCGAACGCCUCUCGGUACUCAUCUUUGCGCUUAGUAAGCAACCCCUUUGAGUUUUCUGUCCUUACUUCGCAGCAAACGGCAAUUAUGGAGCAGAACGAGAUAAAUCCGAAUACCAAGAUUCAGGAUUCAACACGAAGUGGGGAGGCUUUGGUUUUUGUAGCUUCCGGACAGAAUGUAAACGAUGUCGCUCGCCAAACACGGUUGGAUUCUCGUUUGGAGGUGAUGUCGUUGAUGGUAGCCUCCGGUUGCGCUUGCCCUACCGCGCCGAAUACUCUUUUCAGCUAUCCUUUUAAGGAUGAGGAUCCUUUUUUGUUUAGACAAAUUCCGCACUGUUUUGUGGCCUGCGAUCAGCCCUGUUUUGAAACCCGGUACGUUCGGUUGGCGGAGUUGGAGCGUGAGAGUACUUCUUAUGAUGGCUCCUCCACCUAUGCCACGAGGGCCUUUUCAACCACGGAUGGGAGGGUGAGGGGGUCUCCCGAUGACAUGUUGGCCCUCAAUGAAGAGGAGGACGACAACGACGGGGUGCGCCUUAUUUGCGUACCUUCUUUCACUCAGACAGGGACGCUGGUUCUGGUGGAUGUGAAUUCGCCUGAGUUGGACGCAAUCAAAAUGGAGUUCUCGGCUGGGUGA